AUGCAACUUUUACUAAAAGAAAGACAAUCUAUUGAUGCCAUCAAUACAUUACUCGAGACACAGGAGGAAACCAUUGCCGAUAUCAAGCAAUUGGUCGCCGAUUUCAAUGUAUUAAACUCAGUAACAGUGAAAGUCAAUGGCGAUGAUAAAAAACCUGAUGUCCAAUUAGGACAUCCCGUUGAUGUCUAUCUGGCUAUUAGACGACUGGCCAUCGACUGGAAAGAUAUGUAUGAUUUGCUCGACGAGAAUCAGCGUUUGCUUAAAGAGGUUCAAACAAAUCUGGUUGGCAUUGAUAACAGUCCCAAUAUAUUUGGAGGAACAGUAUUUCUAAAUAGUAUUACUGAUGAAGAAUUUAAAGAUGGCAUUCACGGUAUGCGAGAUUUAGUUAACAUUUACGGUGUGGAUAUUAAAUCAAUGGCCAACGGUAUCGUAAGCUAUAGGGACAGGUAUGGUAUAAAUCAACGGUACACAAGACCAGAAGCACCGGUAGUUCAGUUAAAUUCGUUUGAUUGUUUCGCUAUCGGCAAACAAUCGUACGAUAACUUUGAGUACAGUCAGGCCCGCGAAUGGUUUGAAAUGGCUGUUCAUAAGCGAAAUAGUGAGACCAGUCCGGAAAUGUUGGCCGAAACCUACGAACAUUUGGCCUAUUGUGAGGCCCGGACCAGCAAUCUAUCGCAAGCACUGGUUUACAUGCAUAAGUCGUUGGCUAUUGAACCGCACGAUAAUGUCGACGAAAUUAAAGAGUUAUUGACUAAUAUGUCUAUUGAUGGCAAUAACCGAAGUCCAAUAAAUACCGAGUAUUUGAUGGCCAAAAACCUGUGUCAAGGAAUCACUUCGUUAAACACCAACAAUAAGUUUUCAGUUCAAUCACUUCACUGCUAUUACAUGAACACUGCGCGCAUACCUGUGCUACGAUUGAUUCGUGUCAAAGUUGAACUGCUCUAUCAUUUACCACAGAUUGUUGUCAUACAUGGUUUUUUGUCGGACACCGAAACACAAGUUCUCAAACAGUUGGCCAAACCUAAACUGUUUCGUACGACUGUAGUGCACGCAGAGACCAAACAACAGGUCAGAGACAGACAUCGGGUGGCCGAAGGCGGUUGGCUGGACGACUCGGAAAAUCAAGUGGUCGACAGGAUUAGCAAACGUAUUGCCGCCAUAACCGGUAUGGAUGUCCGACAAGCGGAACAGUACAAUGCAAUCAAAUACGGAGUGGGCGGCUAUUAUGCCCAUCAUUAUGAUGUUUUUGUACCGCAAAACACGCCAAUAUCGGCAAAAAUAUAUGGCGACCAAUUGAAUCGGGUGGCCUCGUGGAUCAACUAUCUCGAUGAUGUACCCGCAGGCGGUGCCACUGUAUUUCCCUAUCUAGGGGUUACUGUAUGGCCUGAAAAAGGUGCGGCAUUAUUGUGGCAUAACCUGCUUAAGUCGGGUCACGUUGACUUGCAAACCUAUCACGGAGGCUGUCCCGUAUUAAUUGGACAUAAAUGGAUAGCCACUAAAUGGAUACCUGAAUUGGGACAAACAUUUACGAAACCCUGUUCUCAUGAUAUCAAUGAAUAUAAUAAGCUGUGA